AGUGAUGAUACAAAAUAACCUCAAGCCCCUGGGUGUGCUAAAAUUUAUCUGUAUAUUCCCCUUUAUUAUCCGUACAGUUGAAAAAAACUUCUCUUACAUAAUUUUUGAACCACAUGAAAAUAGCAUAAUAAAAACUCCUGUGUACCCAUUGCCUAGCUUGAACAGUUACCAACAAAUGACCAAUCAGUUUCAUCUCUAAUUAUUCCCCUCCCCGUCUAGGUGAUUUUAAAGCCAAUCUGGGGAUCAUACGUUAUCCAAAAAUAAAAGACUUUCCUGUCAUCACUGACCACGGGAAACAAAACGUCUUGCCUUAAAAAUAAACACGAUGAAAAUAUAUUAUUCAAUUCUCGUCAGACACCGGGGCCUGUUGAGACCUGCUCUAAGCAAGACACCCUUCCCCCUUCCUGGAGACUGGCCCAGUGAGAGGCCUGGGCAUAUAUGGGGAGCCACUGUGGGAGGAGCUGGCCACAGAGGCUUCGGAGAGAGAAGGACUAUGGCUUCCGCAGCAACAGAGGCGGAGAAGGGGUCUCCGGCUGUGGUGGGCCUGCUGGUGGUGGGCAACAUCAUUAUUCUGCUGUCAGGGCUGGCCCUGUUUGCUGAGACGGUGUGGGUGACAGCCGACCAGUACCGCGUGUACCCACUGAUGGGCGUCUCGGGCAAGGACGACGUCUUCGCUGGCGCCUGGAUCGCCAUCUUCUGCGGCUUCUCCUUCUUCGUGGUGGCCAGCUUUGGGGUGGGCGCAGCGCUCUGCCGCCGCCGGUCCAUGAUCCUCACGUACCUGGUGCUUAUGCUCAUGGUCUACAUCUUUGAGUGCGCCUCCUGCAUCACGUCCUACACUCACCGUGACUAUAUGGCGUCCCACCCAUCCCUGAUUACCAAGCAGAUGCUGACCUUCUACAACGCAGACACGGACCAGGGCCGGGAACUGACUCGCCUCUGGGACCGUGUCAUGAUUGAGCAAGAGUGCUGUGGCACAUCCGGUCCCAUGGACUGGGUGAACUUCACCUCAGCCUUCCGGGCAGCCACCCCGGAGGUGGUGUUCCCCUGGCCCCCGCUGUGCUGUCGGCGGACUGGCAACUUCAUCCCCCUCCAUGAGGAAGGCUGCCGCCUGGGCCACACAGACUACCUGUUCACCAAGGGCUGCUUCGAGCACAUCAGCCAUGCCAUCGACAGCUACACAUGGGGUAUCUCGUGGUUUGGGUUUGCCAUCUUGAUGUGGACGCUCCCUGUGAUGCUGACAGCCAUGUAUUUCUACACCACGUUGUGAGGAGCAAGAAGGGAAGGCCAUGUGCACGCCUCGGCCUCAUCCCCCUCCUGUUCCUGUUUCCUCCGGCUGAGGGCUGGAUGGCUGCCUCACCUCUCCCCUUCCCACCUCCCUCGACCUUCCCCCUUCCUCUCUUCCAAAGACCUU